UACACAAAUACAUUAGUACUUCAGCGGGUGCCACGCGUCGACGAUAAUAUAGCAAGCCAGCGCGACGAGCACGAGCGGGAUCGGGACCUUCGCGACGCACGCCGACGCCCUUUCAGAAAAUUCGAGCAGGCUCCCGACGCAGAAGGCCAGCGCCACGGCCCCGAGCGUCGUCCCGAUGACGAGGUCGACGCCGGGAAUCUUCCCCGACACCGCCACCGAGAAGUAGACGACCAAAUCGUCCAUCGUCCCCAGGAACGCCACGACCAGAAUGUCGCGCUCGCUCCGGCGCUCCUCCGCCGUUUUCAGGAGGGGCUCCUCCUCGUCUGCCACGCAGUCGCAGCACGCGCUGAUUUUCGUGAGCGCGUCGGCUACGGCCGAUUCCUCCUCCUCCUCGUCGUCCUCGUCGUCCGGAGGGCAGCAGGGGAACCAGCCGUCCUCGCGCGCUGUGUACAGAGCGUACAGCACCAACAGCACGCCCGCAGCCGUGCCGAUGCCCUCGUCGGCCCGCCGCUCGGCCGGCGCGGCGAUUCUUCGUAUACCCAGCGCGAGGCCGGCCGCGAUGCACGUGAUCAAGACCACUGUUGUUACGUACUUUGCAGCCACUUUGGCCUUCGCCGCCGCGCCUCUUGCCUUGGCCAGGAAGGGCGAGAGCCAGACGCAAUCGUCGGCCCCACAAAUAAGCUUGAGGACGACGGCGGCGCCGACGUAGACGGCGUGGCGGGCCGCGAAGUCCUUGCCCAUGGUUUUUUUUACGGAGGGGCAGCCAUGCUGUGCGCUUGCCGUCGUUUGGCAGCUUGGCAGCUUGGGAAUCAGAUUUCGACGCUAGUAUGUCGACGGACGCUAGGUCCAAACAAUAGUUGA